UGGCUAAGAACACCAAGUUGCGUUUUUUUUUUGGGCUGUGUUUCUUCCCUAAGCCCAGUCCCCCCGAAUAGUUCUCCUUCUCCCCCCGUUCUCGUCCAGUUCAUCAUGGCCGCCGCGGCUGCUUCGUCCUCUCUAUCCUUCGCUGUAUCUCACCGCCACCACCACUCCAUCUCUUCUAAUUCCCGUCUCAUAAUAAAAUCGCCGUCUUCCAAACAUCUCCUCCUCCGGAACCCUAGCCGCCGCCGCCACUGGAUCUCAUGCUCGGCCGCCCCACCGGACGCGGAGGCCCAGCCGUCGAGGAACCGCCGCCCGGCGGACGAGAACAUCCGCGAGGAGGCGGCCCGCCGCGAGCUAGCCACCCCCGCCAACGGCUUUUCUGCCUGGUACGUCCCUUUCGGCGCUCCCGCCGACGAUGGCUCCUCCGGCGAGCGCUACUCCCUCGAUGAGAUCGUCUACCGGAGCCGAUCCGGCGGCCUCCUCGAUGUCCGGCACGACAUGGAUGCCCUCAAGAAGUUCCCGGGCUCCUACUGGCGCGCCCUCUUCGACUCCCGCGUCGGUCGCACCACCUGGCCUUACGGAUCCGGCGUCUGGAGCAAGAAGGAGUGGGUCCUCCCGGAGAUCGACGCCGACCACAUCGUCUCCCUGUUCGAAGGCAACUCCAACCUCUUCUGGGCCGAGCGCCUCGGCCGCGAGCACCUCGGCGGCAUGCCUGACCUCUGGGUCAAGCACUGCGGCAUCUCCCAUACCGGCUCCUUCAAGGAUCUCGGCAUGACCGUCCUCGUCAGCCAGGUCAACCGCCUCCGCCGCCACCCCCUCAAUCGCCCCAUUGCCGGCGUCGGCUGCGCCUCCACCGGCGACACCUCCGCCGCCCUCUCCGCCUACUGCGCCGCCGCCGGCAUCCCCGCCAUCGUCUUCCUCCCCGCAGACCGCAUCUCCCUCGCCCAGCUCGUCCAGCCCAUCGCCAAUGGCGCCACCGUCCUCUCCCUCGACACCGACUUCGACGGCUGCAUGCGUCUCAUCCGCGAGAUCACCGCCGAGCUCCCCAUCUAUCUCGCCAACUCGCUCAAUUCCCUGCGUCUCGAGGGCCAGAAGACGGCCGCCAUCGAGAUCCUCCAGCAGUUCGACUGGGAGGUCCCGGACUGGGUCAUUGUCCCCGGGGGCAACCUUGGCAACAUCUACGCCUUCUACAAAGGCUUUGAAAUGUGCCGCGAGCUUGGCCUCGUCGACCGUGUGCCGCGCCUUGUGUGUGCCCAGGCCGCCAAUGCCAACCCACUCUACCUCCACUACAAGGCCGGAUGGAGUGACUUCAAGCCUGUCACCGCUGCGCCGACCUUCGCCUCCGCCAUCCAGAUUGGGGACCCUGUGUCCAUUGACCGCGCCGAGUUUGCCCUCCGUGCAACAGAUGGGAUUGUCGAGGAGGCGACCGAGGAGGAACUGAUGGAUGCUAUGUCGCUCGCCGACCGCACGGGCAUGUUCGCGUGCCCCCACACCGGAGUCGCCCUUGCUGCCCUCACGAAGCUGAGGGAUAGGAGAGUCAUCAAGGCAAACGACCGGACGGUGGUCGUGAGCACUGCACAUGGGCUCAAAUUCACUCAAUCCAAGAUUGACUACCACUCCAAAGAGAUAGCUGACAUGGCCUGUAGGUAUGCGAAUCCACCUGUAAGCGUGAAGGCAAAUUUUGGUGCCGUGAUGGAUGUCUUGAAGAAGAAGCUUGAUGUGAAGCUGAAAGCCUGAUCAUUGGGUUAGUUGCAGCAUGAGUCCUCUGUCUUUCUGUUAAAAAUAGAAUUUAUGCAUUUGAAUCUCUCGGAUCAUUCCCAUCUUUUGUAGUUGGUAGGAUGAGAAAUUGCAUGAUCGGAUGUAGGAUUAAGUGGAGGAGAACUCUUUAUACUUGUGCCCAUCUGUUUUAGUGAUUCAUUUCUUCCUUGCUUCUCUGGCAUGUUGUGGCUUUAGUUAUGGUUUGUGAAAUGCUGUAUUGCAAUCCGAUGUGGAUCAAUCUUGGUUCUGGUCAUUAUGCAUCAUUUUGUAUUGUUAACCAUGCAAUGAAGUGUGCACUUUGAAUUAGAAUA